CCGACGAUGAUUCUCCAGGCACUUGCGGCUCAUCUGCAGCGAUAGGAGAAAAGAGGAGAAAGAGAGAACCUCACCUCCUCAAACAGCGAGUGAGGUAGGGGGAGAGAAGAGAGGCAGAAAGCGUCAGAGAGAGAGAGAGAGAGAGAGAGACAGAUAAAGAGAGAGAGAGAGAGAGAGAGAGAGAGAGAAGAGAAGAGGCUGUGGAGUAGAGGAAAGAACAACAGCGGCUUGGACCUCCAGCAAGGAGUGUUUAAUUCUCCGCGCUUCAUUGCAAAGUGUCCAAUUUCCACACCGAUUCGACAUGUCAUCGUCCGGUAAAGACAACAGCGGUGCCCAACACGCCAAUUACGUGGGACCUUACCGUUUGGAGAAGACUCUGGGGAAAGGACAGACAGGGUUGGUCAAGCUGGGGAUCCAUUGUGUAACGUGCCAGAAAGUCGCCAUAAAGAUUGUCAACCGUGAGAAACUCAGUGAGUCGGUACUAAUGAAGGUGGAGCGCGAAAUAGCUAUCCUGAAGCUAAUAGAACACCCGCACGUUUUAAAGCUACAUGACGUCUACGAAAAUAAAAAAUACUUGUACCUUGUGCUAGAACAUGUGUCUGGAGGUGAGCUGUUUGAUUACUUGGUGAAGAAAGGCAGGUUAACACCUAAAGAGGCCAGGAAAUUCUUCAGACAAAUCAUGUCUGCCCUGGAUUUUUGCCACAGUCAUUCCAUAUGCCACAGGGAUCUGAAGCCUGAGAACCUGUUGCUCGACGAAAAGAACAACAUCAGGAUAGCAGACUUCGGCAUGGCCUCCCUUCAGGUCGGAGACAGUCUGCUGGAAACCAGCUGCGGAUCUCCUCAUUACGCCUGUCCAGAGGUCAUCAGGGGGGAGAAGUAUGACGGGAGGAAAGCAGACGUCUGGAGCUGUGGGGUCAUUCUUUUUGCCCUGUUGGUGGGUGCACUGCCGUUUGAUGACGACAACCUGAGGAAUCUGCUGGAGAAGGUGAAGUUGGGAGUUUUUCACAUGCCACACUUCAUUCCUCCAGACUGUCAGAACCUCCUCCGUGGCAUGAUUGAAGUGGAUGCCACCAAAAGACUAACGUUAGAACAGAUCCAGAAGCACACAUGGUACAUAGCGGGGAAGAACGAACCAGAGCCGGAGCAGCCCGUACCCAGGAAGGUGACCAUCCGCAGCCUCCCGUCUGCAGACGACAUUGACCCCGACGUACUGGACAGCAUGCACUCCCUCGGCUGCUUCAGAGACAAAAACAAACUGCUGAAAGACCUGCUCUCCGAUGAUGACAACCAACAAAAGAUGAUCUACUUCCUGUUACUGGACCGUAAGGAAAGGUAUCCCAGUCAGGAGGACCAGAACCUUCCCCCUCGCAAUGAGAUCGAUCCCCCAAAGAAGCGCGUGGACUCUCCCAUGUUGAACCGCCACGGCAAGAGGAGACCGGAGAGGAAGUCCAUGGAGGUCCUCAGUGUCACAGACGGGGGCUCGCCCGUACCGGCGAGGAGGGCCAUCGACAUGACGCAGCACGGACAGAGGUACGCAUGGAGGUCUCGGUCUAUUAGUGGUGCCUCCUCUGGCCUCUCUACCAGCCCCCUCAGCAGCCCCCGGGUCACCCCUCACCCUUCCCCUCGAGGCAGCCCCCUCCCCACCCCCAAGGACACCCCGGUGCACACUCCCAAGGACAGCCCGGCCGGGACCCCCACCCCCACGCCGCCCCCCAGCCCUUCCAUCGGAGGCAUGCCUUGGAGGACACGCCUCAACUCCAUCAAAAACAGCUUCCUGGGCUCGCCGCGCUUCCACCGCAGGAAACUUCAAGUUCCCACACAAGAGGAAAUGUCCAGCCUCACACCAGAGUCUUCCCCCGAACUUGCCAAGAAAUCCUGGUUUGGUAACUUCAUCAACCUGGAGAAAGAGGAGCAGAUAUUCAUUGUCAUCAAAGACAAGCCUCUCAGCUCCAUCAAGGCUGACAUUGUUCAAGCCUUUCUCUCGAUCCCCAGCCUCAGCCACAGUGUGAUCUCCCAGACCAGUUUCCGAGCAGAAUACAAGUCCACAGCCGGCCCGACAGUCUUCCAGAAGCCGAUCAAAUUCCAAGUGGACAUCACCUACACGGAGAGCACAGCUGCCACGAAGGAGAAUGGCAUCUACUCCGUCACCUUCACCCUGCUCUCAGGUCCCAGUCGGCGAUUUAAGCGAGUAGUGGAGACGAUUCAGAGCCAGUUGUUAAGCACACACGACCAGCCAGGGGUCCAACAGCUGUCUGGCAGCCCAUUGAGUAACUUCUUUGACGUAAUGAACCGACUUUUUUCAGACGAGAAGAAUGGACAGGGGUCCUACCCCUCUGGCACGCCCACCAAGCACUCCCCCUCGCCCAUUCACGUCCGGAGGCACGAGCCAGAAAAUAAUGACACCAAAUGCCCCGCUGCGGGCCGAAACCGGGUCAGGCUGUCGGUGGCGUCUUUGGGGCCCACGGGAGGAGUCUUAGAACGAGAUGCUAUGUAGUCGAGCUCCCCCGGUAUCACUGUAACACAGAGAGAGUAUUUGUACAUAAUCAUUUGUGGGCCUUCUUUUUGUAUGAAAUGACUUUAUAGAAAUAUAAUAUAUUGAGAGAAUCUAAGUAAUGUUUUAUAAAAACGCAUACUGCACCUACACGACAAACACGCGCAAGUCCUUCCAUUCCCUUUUUCAUUACCCCCACCCCACCCACCUUCACACCACCACCAUCCACUCCUCUACCUCAACCAUCCAAUCGCCUGUGACCCUUGCUCCGAUUCUUGGCUCCCUUGCUGAUAACCUGUGUGAUGACCUGACUUGUUUCUGAUACCAGGAAUUAUCCAGAAAACCUAUUAAGCCCCUCCUCCUGCUCCCUGCUCCGUCCGCCUUCCCUCGACCACCCUCCUGCCCUGCCGCCCGCCCGCCCGCCCGCCCCACCCCUGAGCAUGCCGGUAGCUAUAGACAUUUGUUGACGGAGGACGGUUUGUAGAGGUGCGCUGAAGAGAGGGUAGGGGGGGGGGGUUCACCAUGGAAACAGACCCCUUCAUCUGCCUCCACGUCCCUGCUCCAGCUCUGGCAGUAGAAGUAGAUGAAAAUCCCUUUGUGCGUUCCCCCAUUUUAGGAACACACACAUAUGUGCACAGCUAAUCCUCAGAAAUCCCACUGAAGAAAAAAACGAACACCCCCCCCCCCCCCCCCCCCCCCCCCCCCCCGCCCGCCCGCCCCUUUCCUGUCGAGGAGCAUUCGUCAUACGGAGUAUGAGUAUUUUACAAAAAGACACUACACACAAAAAACAUGUGCAUGCUUACAUGCACAGGUCUAGUUUGCACAGAAAACUCUGGGAUGUAUUAACAAGAACACAGAAAACAACAGAAAGAAGACACAAAGUGACUGAUGAGGAGGAGAGAAGGGGGGAUGUAGAAAGCCAAAAGGCCGACGCGGACACUUGCUGGAUUGUAUUUGUUUGCUUUUUAAUGUAAUUUCUUUGUUAAAACUGGGUUUGAAAUACUAAGUGACUAUGAGACGUAAUACUCUUGCUGCAAAUGGACUGGAAUUGAUUUCAGAGAGGAGCAGAACGCUGCAGGGGGAUCGGGGGGGUACGAUGACACGGGGUGGAGGGGAGGGACGAGGGCGGGUAUUUACUUAAAAUGAAUGAUCUAUUCUGUUGUACAGACUGAUAUCAUUUCUUCUGUAUAAAAAUGAAAUAUCUAGUUGUGACACUACGUUUAGAUACCAUGGGCUCAGGUUGCCAAACCUGCGCCUGCUACAUGCUGUUCUUUUAAAUUAUUCUGUGUGUUUUGUUACACGAUCAUCCAAGUCUUUGUCGGAUUGAACUAAUUAUGAUCAAAACAACAACACAUUCCUGUUUGUGUUAUUUGCAGCACUUUGUCUUUGGUUUUCCAUUCAUACCUCUCUUCUCUUAGCCUCACUUACCAGCAGUAGAAGUAGAGGAACAAAAAAAAAAAUGAUGUGACAAAUGCAAUUUUUUGUAUUUCUGUCCUUAUUUAUUCAACGUUUGUUCAUCUUACUGUUUGAUUUCCUAAUUUAUUAUAACUUGGCUAUUUAUAUGAACAAAGCUGUUAGGUCAGUUGAAUGUUAUUUAUUACCCUCUUGUGUGUUCGUAAAUAGGGCAACAUUUGAAGAAAAAUGAAAAUUAACUUCUUCUUUAGUUUUGGUCUACAUUUAAGAGAUUGUGUGAACAAUCGAGUGACAAAUUCUCUUUUCCCUGACCUCUCUGUGGAGGGAAAGAGAACUUGUGGGAACUCUUGGAAAA